ACUUGCAGCUGGAUAAUUGUCAUCCACGCCGACGAGUGCAGGAGGAGUGCAGAAGUACAGCCGAGGCUAAAUCAAACGAAGUAAACAUCCACGAAGAAAUCAUUUUUACAUCAUGGAGCAGAAAAAAACCAUCAACUUUGGCGCUGGACCUGCAAAACUCCCCCAAUCCGUGCUACUUCAGGCACAGAAGGAGCUCCUCAGCUACAAUGACAUGGGUAUUAGCGUUCUCGAGAUGAGUCACCGAUCAGCGGACUUCAACAAAAUCCUCACCAAAACCGAGAGUCUCAUGCGAGAGUUGCUAAACAUCCCAGACAACUAUAAGGUGAUGUUCCUGCAGGGCGGCGGGUCUGGACAGUUCAGCGCUGUUCCUCUCAACCUGAUUGGCCUUAAAGAGGACAAAUGUGCUGAUUACCUGGUGACCGGCACAUGGUCAUCAAAAGCAGCAAAAGAAGCAGAGAAAUACGGCAAAGUCAACAUUGUUCACCCGAAGCUGGACAGUUACACGAAAAUUCCCGACCCCAGCAGCUGGACCCUUAACCCCUCAGCCUCCUACGUGUACUACUGCUGCAACGAGACGGUUCACGGCGUGGAGUACAACUUCACACCUGAAACUAACGGGGUGAUCCUUGUCAGCGACAUGUCCUCCAACUUCCUGUCCCGACCUGUGGAUGUGUCGAAGUUUGGGUUGAUUUUCGCCGGAGCUCAGAAGAAUGUGGGCUGUGCCGGGGUUACUGUGGUCAUCGUGCGAGAGGACUUGUUAUGCCACGCCCUGAAAGAGUGUCCCAUUGUCCUGGAUUACAAGGUGCAGGCUGAGAUGAACUCUCUGUACAACACACCGCCGUGCUUCAGCAUCUACAUCAUGGGUCUGGUUCUGGAGUGGAUUAAGAACAACGGCGGCAGCGCUGCCAUGGAGACGCUCAACAAGCAGAAGUCCUCCAUGAUUUACGACAUCAUCAACGCCUCUAAUGGUUUCUAUGAGUGUCCCGUAGAUGUGACUUGUCAAAGCCGCAUGAAUGUACCAUUUCAUAUCGGGACAGCAGAGGGAGACGAAACCUUGGAAAAAGAGUUUCUGGCCGGUGCGUCCAAACGUGGAAUGAUAUCGCUGAAAGGACACAGGUCAGUUGGAGGAAUUCGUGCAUCUCUGUACAACGCAGUGACACUGGCGGACACUGAAGCCCUGGCCACCUAUAUGAAAGAGUUCCAGAAAGAGCACUAAUAAAACAGGCCAUACUAAAAGACAGCUGAUGCCACACACAGCAUUACAUUACUCCAGUUCAGUUAAAAAAACCUCUGGUUUAUCUUUAGUUGAGAUCCAUGUUGGAUCUGGAAGGUGCUCCUUUUUAGACGUGUUUUGUAAAACCCUGUCAUUGAUCCUAAUCCGGUUUAACCACUACUGUUUCCAGUCAUUUUAAUGUAAUUUUAAUUACAUCCGUUACUAUUUUAAUGAAUUAGUUGACUAACAGUGCUUUGAUGUACAUACUGUAGGUAAUUCUUGUUACUUGUUCAAAAAUGUUUACAUUCAAGUAAAUGUAACUUGGCAAUA